GUUCCAUCAAGCCCAAUAUUAAUGUCAACUACCCUCGCUGCUGUUCCGAUCUCGCUCGUCCUUCGACAUACAACUAGUGGAUGUACAAUUCGCCGACACUUGAAACCGUCAGAAGGUCAUUUCAUUGUGACUCAUUCGCUGUGUUUCCGAGUCGGCGACCCGCCGCGUCAUAGAAAGUCAUCCAUCAUAAAUUGGCCCGUCAUCUUCCAGACGCAACCACAUCUACCACAUCGGCCUAUGCAAAAUGUCACGCUCAGCAAAACGUGCACCUCCUAGCACGAUCGUUAUCAAGCUCGGAACAUCCUCUAUCGUCCACGAAGAAACGCAUCAACCCCUUCUAUCCAUACUUUCUGCGGUUGUUGAGACCGUUGUCAAUCUUCGCAGCCAUGGACACAAAGUGGUGCUCGUCAGCUCUGGGGCUAUUGGAGUUGGAUUGAGGACGAUGGAUAUCCCACAGAGACCAAAAAGUCUGUCUAAGAAGCAGGCCUUGGCAGCGAUAGGACAAGGACGUCUCAUUGCACUAUGGGAUAACCUCUUCGGGCAGUUUGAUCAGCGAACCGCUCAGGUUCUUCUAACAAGAGGAGACAUAUCCGAUCGCACACGAUAUUUGAACGCUGUCAACACAUUAAAUGAACUUUUGUCCAUGGGCGUGGUGCCCAUCGUCAACGAAAACGACACAAUAUCCGUCAGCGAAAUUAAAUUUGGCGAUAAUGACACGUUGUCUGCCAUCACGAGUUCCAUGAUUCAUGCCGAUUACCUUUUCCUCCUUACGGACGUUGAUGGUCUGUACACAUCCAACCCACGAAAAGAUCCCUCCUCGAAAAAGAUUGAUGUGGUCAACUCUGUUGCUGCUAUCCGAGCACAAGUAAGCACAUCGACGCUAGGAUCCAGCCUUGGAACUGGCGGAAUGGAAACAAAAUUAAUUGCUGCAGAAAUAGCAACUGGCGCUGGCGUAACAACCGUUAUCGCAUCCAGCAAACAACCCUCAGUGAUCGUCGAUACCAUCGACUAUUAUACAGCGCUGAGAAGCACGUCAGUGCCCACUUCAGGAGCCGCUAGCCCGGUCCCUCCACAAAAGCUUAAUCAGGUCGAUUUGGAUGAAGUCAGUGCAUCCCUUAGUUGGCCAAGACCUCCGCAUACUGUCUUUAAGCCUUCCGUAAUUCCCAUGCGGGACCUGAAGGCAUGGACGAGCCAUACCCUUUAUCCAGCAGGUAGCGUGAUUAUUGACUCUGGGGCACAUAUUGUAUUGUCUCGUCGAGAGUCUGGCGGCCGCCUGCUGCCUGCUGGGGUGCUUGGAGUUCGAGGUUCAUUUGCUUCCGGCCAAGCAGUCCGCAUACUAGUCCGGCGCUGUGCUGAAGAAGUUCCCGUUGAGGUCAAGGAAGUUGCGCAAAUGUCAUAUUCCAACGUGGCAGCAACGACCCUGUGCACGCCAGUCCUAGAACCUGGAGCAUCGGUGACGGCCUCAGUUAUAUCCCUUGUUCCACUUUCGCGCUCCGGGUCGUCCUCAUCCCUGGCAGAUGAUAUGGCAUCUGAUUCCCAGACGAUUACGGACGAUGAAAUCCCUUUGAUCGAGAAGACGAACGAAUGCGAAGUCUGGGAUUGCGUAGAAGUGGGACGAGGUUUAGCGAACUACAAUUCUGCACAGAUAUCUCGAGUAAGGGGCCUAAAUAGCUCUCGCAUAGUUCAGCUCCUUGGCUAUGCGGACACAGAAUACGUUGUAGAGAACAUCACCAUUAGAAUUUCUGCAUGAUGUGGCAGUGUAGAUUAUUUGUGCUGUGCAAACAAGAUAAUUUUAUCUAUGGUUUUUUUGAUCGAGCAAGGCUGC